AUGUCAACAGACUUAUACGUGGCUGCAUAUGUCGUCGCCUACAUCACUUUCGCGAUAGGCCUUCUUUCGUCAAUAGCUCGAUUUUAUUCCCGUGCGCUAGUCAUCAAAUCAUGGGGUUGGGAUGAUUGGGCAUCGGUGGUAGUGUUUCUGGUCAACAUUGUCCAUCAAGUCGUUUUGCAGCUGUUCAUGAAUUUGGGCUGCGGCAAACCAGGCAAUGUCAAUUGCAGUUUUGCGUCUCCCGAUCUCAUGAAGACGGCAUUCAUCGAAGAGAUUGUUAUCUACGCAGCCCACGCUGUUAUCAAAACGACGUUCCUUCUGUUUUACAUGCGCUUGUCGCCCGAAAACCCCUUCCGAGCUUUCGUUUACGCUGGCUUCGUGCUUGUCUUUUCCACAUUCCUUUCUAGCCUUCUGAUGACAGUCCUCCAAUGUAUACCAUUCGAAAAGAUCCUCAAUCCGAUGCUAUAUCCAGAAGUCAAAUGCAUCGAUACACGCACAGUCAUGCUCACGCCUCCCAUCCUAAACAUUAUUAUGGACUUGUAUAUCCUCGGCAUCCCCAUCUCAACAAUUUGGUCUCUGCAAAUGACUCUUCGACGAAAGAUCACCGUUCUUUCCGUUCUAGCCUUUGGUAUCGUGUCACUCACAGUGGCACUCAUUCGCCUUCCGGUACUUGUAUCUGUCACUUCGAUGGAGUCAGAUGCCUCGAUCGAUGUCGGAAAGAUGGUUAUUGUAGCGGCUUUUGAGGUGCAAUGCGCUAUUGUCGCCGUCAACCUGCCCUCUCUAAAACCGCUCUGGGUUAAGAUCAAGGGACGACAGAGUACUUCGGACAGUAACGGUCCGUCUGCUCAACAACCAUACAAGCUCUCGUCGAUGGGUAACAAAGAUGGCAGCAAGAAAAAUAAUUCCAUGGGUGUAAUUACAAGAUUAGAAAGAGGACUCAGUACUAAUGAGUCGGAGGAAGAACUUGUUAACGUAGCAAGAGGCCAGGUUACCAAAGCAAAAGCUUAA